UCAUCAGAUUUCAAAUCGAAAACAUAUCUCUUCAUAUCAAUUUCUAAAAUCUCCUUCAGUUUUUCAUCAAUUUAUCAAAACAAUGUCAGGAAGAGGCAAGGGAGGAAAAGGAUUGGGCAAAGGAGGAGCAAAGAGGCACAGAAAAGUGUUGAGGGACAACAUUCAGGGAAUCACAAAGCCUGCAAUUCGGCGUUUGGCUCGUAGGGGAGGAGUAAAGCGUAUAUCUGGUUUGAUUUACGAGGAGACUCGUGGAGUGUUGAAGAUAUUUUUGGAGAAUGUGAUUCGUGAUGCUGUGACUUACACUGAACACGCUAGGAGAAAGACUGUUACUGCUAUGGAUGUUGUUUAUGCACUCAAGAGACAGGGUAGGACUCUCUAUGGAUUUGGGGGUUAGAUUUGUGAAAUUAGGGCUUUUGAGGGUAAUGAUUGUAGAUCUUUUUAUCAUUUGUUGUGGAUUAGAAUUUCUUAGUUUUUGUUUGAGCUUGGUAAUGUAAUUCUCCGUUACAUAUUGAAGAAAUAGUAAUUGGCAAAAGAUUUGCUCAAUACUCA